UUGUCUGUAAACAUAAAUAGUCUCACAGAGAGAGAGAGAGAGAGAGAGAGAGCGCGACUGAAACGUGACUUCUUGACUGCAACUUGAAGCUCAAAAAGAAAACUCAGUAACUCACGCAUCCUGAGGUAUGCCUAUUCUAUAUACAGAGACUGAGUAAAAAUGUUACAGAUACAACACAUUGCAUGAUGUGCACGGAAAAAUUCCCAUUGUAGGUUCCUCAUCAACAGCAAAAUUCUAUGGAUUACGAAAGGAUCCAAAAGCCUCAGGGCGGUGGGGGGUUUUCACCAGGGAAGUUGAGGACUAUGCUACUGGGAGUAGAGAAGAAGAGGAAGGAAAAGAAAGAUCCUGAAUCUAAAUUUACUUUGAGAUCUCAACCUUCUGACUUUGAUGACGCUGGGGGUGGCGGUUCUGAUAAUUGCAAAGAUGUAGAUGUUGUUAGUGUCCUUCCUGAAUGCUCAAAUUUGACCGCUGCUGACUCUGUAGGCUCAGAUAUGCUUAGUGACCGUAGAUUGAAGGAUAACACAUCAGUCAAUUCCAGAGUUAAGAACCAAGAAGACCCUUCUUUAGAUUGUGAUAGUGGGCAUGAUGCUGUGAGUGUGUCCUCAUCCAUAUUUGAGUUUCAGAAGGCAGAGCGUGCCCCGCAAAGAGUGCCUAUUGCGCCCUUCUCCAAACCAGCGCCAUCCAAAUGGGAUGAUGCACAGAAGUGGAUAGCGAGUCCAACUUGGAACCGCCCAAAGAUGGGGCAGGCUCAAAUGCAGGGUGGGCAAGGAGUUGGAUCGAGAAAGGUGGGUAACUUCGGUUAUGGGAGUCGACAACCGACCACAAAGGUUGUUGUUGAAGUUCCAGAUCAAAAAGUAGCUAUUUUUGAAGAACCAGAUACGAAACGAAUUGACACAAAUCAAGCUAAGAUGGAAAGUGGGGGGAAGAAGUUUGUUACUUGGGAGUCUGACCCAUAUCCCAUUGCUGAUUCGUAUGGCAAACCUGUGCUCAUGAUUGAGAACUCUGCUGGAGAGUCAGCAAUCAAUCUUAGUCAGCACGAUGCUUCUGCAGCCUUGCAUGGAACAACAACAUUUAUUCCUCCCCCUUCAACAGCAAGGUCUGUGUCAAUGAGAGAUAUGGGCACAGAGAUGACACCUAUUGCUAGCCAAGAACCCUCCAGGACUGGAACUCCUGUGGGGGCAACAACGCCAAUUCGCAGUCCUACUAAUUCAAGGCCAUCAACUCCUGGCAGAGCUGCACCAGCUUCAUCUCUGAUUGACCAAGAGGCUAACAAGGAGUUGUCUGAAAAGGAGUUACAAAUGAAAACUAGGAGAGAGAUAAUGGCUCUCGGGACACAGCUAGGCAAGAUGAACAUUGCUGCCUGGGCUAGCAAAGAGGAGGAUAAGGAUGCAUCUACUUCGCUGAGAACUGUACCAGCUGAACAACCGGGUAAAAGUGUUAUUGAGACACGUGCAGCGGCAUGGGAGGAGGCUGAGAAAGCCAAGUAUAUGGCUAGGUUCAAACGGGAAGAGUUGAAAAUUCAAGCAUGGGAAAACCAUCAGAAAGCAAAAACAGAAGCCGAGAUGAGGAAGAUUGAGGUAGAGGUUGAAAGGAUAAGGGGACGGGCCCAUAGUAAGCUUAUGAAUAAGUUAGCUGCUGCGAGGCAUAAGGCUCAAGAAAAGCGAGCAGCAUCAGAGGCCAAGAGAAACCAGCAAGCAGCAAAAACGGAGCAGCAAGCAGAGUACAUUCGGAGAACUGGCCGCAUCCCUUCCCCGUUUUCUUGUUGGGGUUGGUGCUCAUGAUAUUCGAAUUCGAAUCACUUCCUGCUGUGGAGGCCUUUGUUCCGUUCUUCCCCAUAUAUCCAUGCUCAUACACACGUUAUAUUCAUGAGCAUGUCAAGAUGUCCAGC